ACGCCAGCCGUUGUUUCAACAUUACCCGAGGGUUUACGGGAAAUAUAGAGGAAGUUUAAGCUACUUCUGUAUUUCAGUGCCAGCACGUAAACAGCAGUCGGUGAGGUGGACACCACACUGAAGUGUUUGCGAUGCCCUCUCUCCGACUCUGUCUCUGCUCGGCCCUGCUCUCGGUGUCAGUCCUGGGUUACAAUUUUUCAUCCAAUGGUUGGACAAUAUCUGGUGCUGAUGAGCUGUCUGCGAUGGAAGGGGCCAACGCUGUGUUGCCGUGUACAUUCACGCACCCACCCACUGAUCACAUCCUCACCGGCUCCGUGCUGUGGUACAAGAGAAAAUCCAGGGUUGAGAUAGUUGUUUUUAACUGUACAUAUCCCGGUCCCGGCCGCUCCCUGUGCGAUGAAGUGACACAGGAGGCCGGAGGGAGCCGGUGCAGAUUCGUAGGGAACCUCAGACAGAGGGAUGUCUCGAUAAUGGUGGGGCGACUGAGCCGGGAGGACGAUGGUGCUAGGUUUCGGUGCCAAGUGGACCUCAAUAUUGGAUCCUUCCACACUGUGGUCCCAACACGCCUGACUGUGAUAUGUGAGAAACAAUGCUUAAAUGCUGUAGCUGUGCCCAGAUCGCACGGGUCAAACGCUUCCCUGGCACGCUGAUGAUCAAUAAAUGUUGACCAAGCACGUAUCGGUUGGGGCGCCGGGUUUCCCCUAUUACUCCCUUUCCAGUGAAUCCCGCUGCACAAUGUUAAACUACAAAUUAUCCUACAAACCUCUACGUCGUUGGAGUGUAGGAGGGAACAGGAGCACCCGGGGAAACCCAACGCGUUCACGGGAUAAUUAAAAAACUCCAUACAGACAGCACCCCUAGUCAGGACCGAACCCGGGUCCCUGGCGCUGUGAAGCAACAACUCUACCGCUGCCACCCUUAAAUAAUGGAUGUUAUAGACAUUACAGAAAAGUGACUACGGUAGGGACAGAGCUAGCAGUUCGACGCUCCUUGAAACAGGCGCUAAUGGUUGGAUACAGAGGGAGGGAAGAGAGGAGGAGAGAAAUCUAUUUUUGAUAGCAGAGAAAACAUUGCAGUGGUCUUAGAUAUCUUAGAUGGUCCAAUGGGGCCUCAUGGCUGGAGCUGAGAAACAAGAAGCUGCUCACUUAAGAAACAUAGAAAGGAACAUAGCCAUACGGCCCUUCAAGCCAGCACUGCCAUUCGAUAUGAUCAUGGCUGAUCAUCCAAAAUCAGUACCGCGUUCCUGCUUUUUUGCCCACAUCCCUUGAUUCCGUUAGCCCUAAGAGCAAAAUCUAACUCUCUCCUGAAAAUCCUCCAGUGCAUUGGCCUCCACUGCCUUCUGUGGCAGAGAAUUCUACAGAUUAACAACUCUCUGGGUGAAAACGUUUUUCCUCAUUUCAGUCCUAAAUAUCUUAAGCGUUAAUCUUAAUCUGUGGCCCCUUGGUUCUGGAUUCCCCCAACAUCGGGAACAUUUUUUCCUAUAUCUAGCCUGUCCAAUCCCGUAAGAAUUUUUUUUAACGUUUCUAAAAGAUCCUCUCUCAACAUCUCUCAACCUAAUUUUCAGGGAAUACAAGCCCAAUCGACCCAUUCUUUCCUCAUAUACCCGUACCGCCAUCCCGGGAAUUAUCCUGGUGAACCUGUACAGCACUUCUUCAAUAGCAAGAAUGUCCUUCCUCAAAUUUGGAGACCAAAACUGCACACAAUACUCCUGGUGUGGCCUCACUAGGGCCCUGUACAACUACAGUAGGACAUUCUUGCUCCUAAACUCAAAUUCUCUCCCAAUGAAGGCCAUUAGCUUUCUUCACUCUGUACAAGCACACCCAGGUCUCGUUGCACCUAACGUUUUCCUAAUCUGACACCAAAAAGGUUGUUCGGCACGGACAUGUAGGGCCGAGAUGGCCUGUUUCCGUGCUGUUAUAUGGUUGUUAUAUGGUUAUAUGUUUAUAAUCUGCCUUCUUGUUGUUGCUACCAAAGUGGAUAACCGCACCUUUGUCUACAUUUUACUGCAUCUGCCAUGCAUCUGCCCACUCACCCAUCAUAUUCAAGUCUCAUAGCAUCCUCCUCGCUGCUCACUCUGCCACUCAGCUUUGUGUCAUCCGCAAACUUGGAGAUGUUACAUGCCUUCCUUCAUCUAAAUCGUUAAUAUAUAUUGUAAUUAACUGGAGUCCCAGCACUGAGCCUUGCGGCACCCCACUAGUCACUGCCUGCCAUUCUGAAAAGGACCACUUUAUAUCUACUCUUUGCUUCCUGUCUGCCAACCAGUUCUCUAUCCAUGUCAAUACCCGUCCUCCAAUACAACGUACUCUAAUUUUGCACACUAAUAUCUUGUGUAGCACCUUGUCAAAGGCUUUUUUGAAAUUCCAGAUACACCACAUCCACUGGUUCUCCCUUAUCUAUUAUACGUAUUACAUCCUCAAAUAAAUCCAAAAAACACUUCAAGCAUGAUUUCCCCUUCAUAAAUCCAUGCUGACUUUGACCGAUCCUGUCACUA